AAGAAGAAGAAUUUACAACACAAACUUAGCAUUAGCAUUAGCAUUAACAGUAUUUUUUUUUUUUAUUUAUAUAUAUAUAGAUCAAAUGGCGAAGUUUAAAUGCAGUGCCUAUAACUGCAAAAGUACGAACGCGUCUGGUGUGACGUUUUUUAAGUUCCCUCUGUACAAUCGCCGAAAACUGAAAAAAUGGCUCGACAAUAUGAGGUGGAAGGGCUGGACGCCGUCUCGGUUCUCCUUGCUGUGCAGUAACCACUUUGAGGAGAAGUGCAUCGACAGAACCGGCAAAUUCGUGAAGCUUCAGCAAGACGCGGUCCCCACCAUAUUCUCGUUCCCCGAACACCCGGUGAAAAAGACGCUUGCAAUCAACCCAAGAAGUAAGAGAUACAAGCCACCUGGUUCUGAGGAGUCACAGACAAGCCGGGCUCUGUCUCUGCCGGCGGCGGCGGCGGCUCCUAAAACAGCAAAGCUGACCGUCAAGAAGCAAAAACCCAGCGAGACAGAGGAAGAGGCUGCUGGAGACCCAAAGAGGAGCGACCGGUGGAGGAUCGUAACGGACGAAGCGCUGAUGAAGAUUGAAUCCUUUCCGUGUUUCUUCCAUGGUGAUUACUGCCUGCCGCAGCAGGAUAUCCUGUGGGCUCCAGAUGACAGUUUCAAUGUGGAGUGUGAAGAUCCUGAAAAGCUAAUCGAGGUGAAGGAGCCGUGGCAGUGGCUCGGUCUGGAUGUCCGAGGCCCCCUGCCUGCCACGCUCAACGGGCACAAAUACAUUUUGACUGUGACGGACUAUUUCUCCAAGUGGGUGGAAGCUCUGCCCAUGCAGAUGUGCCACGCCUCACAAGUGGCCCAGCACGUCAGCGACAUCAUCUCACACUUUGGCUUCCCCCUCAGGAUCCUCUCCCGGCUGCCUCAUGACAUCGUGCACAAGAUCAACAGGGAACUGAGAGAUCAGCUGAAGGUCACCAUCUCGCUUGUCGUCCAUCAUCAGCAGACCGGCACCGCCGAUUUGACCACGCAGCGCCUGAUUGGCAGGAUGACGAGCGAUCUGAUCGAGGAGCAUCCGGCCGACUGGGACGUCUACCUCCCCGCCAAAGUGUUCAGUCUGUGCUUCACAGAGCAUUCAGAGACCAAGGAGAGGCCGUUCUCGGUGCUCUGCUGUAGGGGCCUGCAGCCGGUCCCGUCCCCCAGAGGCCUGAAUUUCACCUACUCCAAGAUCCGGGAGUGCGCCUUUGUGGUUAGAUAAACACUUCUGAUGUAUUUGUCGGGAAUAUCCACUUAUAAAAAAAGUCAUGGAAACCAGACCGACGGCCCUUUUAGAGAAACAUUUACAUACCAGAAGGGAAGAGUGAUGUAAGAUCCUGGAAACAUUCAGACUCAGUGAAGUUAUGAAUUGAUUGUCGGGCCGCGGUGGAAACCCUGACAGCUGUGAGCAAGAAGCAGGACUGAACCUCCCAGCAUCCUCUGCAGGACUCCACGACUGUUGUUGGAGCCAUGUGCCAAAAUGUAUCAGAUAUUAUUUAUUUUUGGAUGUAAAAUUUUAUUAUGGCUUUUGAUAUGGUAUUGUGACAACACAAAUUGUCCCAGUAAAGAAAGGAGCAUUGCUAAUAGUUGUAAAUGGUACAGGGAUUUAAGUUGGGCAACCACCAUUUGUUUGUUUUAUUUGUGGCUAUGAAAAUAUGAAAAUUGUUAAUCAUUACAUUUGAAUGACCUGUGAUUAUUUCAUAGGACAUGCAGUGUGAAAAACGAUGUAAAACGGUGUCGAGUUUUCAUUUGUUUUGGUCCAUUGUGUUCCCACAGUCUCUUGCUUUCUCUGUAAAUUUGAUUUUGUGAUAAGGUUCUUUCUGAUCUGUUUAUAAAGGCAGUGUAUUUAUGUAUUUGUAUGAAUUAAAAGAGUUGUAUCUGCCACCCAAGAGCCGCAUCUGUAUCUAAACAGGCAAUCUCAAGCCAUUAAAAGAGAAAUUGCGAGUUUC